UGUGACGUCAUGUCCGCUUGAGUUCUGGCACAACUGAGGGGCGGAGAAGUUGGCAGGGACAGCGGCAGCCAUAUUCUGUUAUUUUCAUCUGCUCAAUUCCCUGAUUUUAGCCUGCGUAAUAUCUGUGACAUCAUUGCUUUUCUACAAUUAAAAGGCUAGGGUUAAGCUUUCAAACUACAAUAGACUUGUCUUCUAACUCUCAAAAUGGGUACCAGGGACGACGAAUACGACUAUUUGUUCAAAGUGGUCCUUAUUGGUGAUUCUGGAGUAGGUAAAAGUAACCUAUUAUCUCGAUUCACAAGGAAUGAGUUCAAUCUUGAAUCUAAAUCUACCAUAGGAGUUGAAUUCGCAACAAGGAGUAUACAGGUUGAUGGUAAAACAAUCAAGGCUCAGAUCUGGGAUACUGCUGGCCAGGAACGUUACAGGGCUAUCACAUCAGCGUACUACCGGGGUGCUGUGGGAGCUCUAUUGGUGUACGAUAUUGCCAAGCAUUUGACUUAUGAAAAUGUGGAACGCUGGUUGAGAGAGCUCAGAGACCACGCAGAUCAAAACAUUGUUAUCAUGCUGGUGGGUAAUAAGUCAGAUUUACGGCAUUUGAGAGCUGUUCCUACUGAUGAGGCAAAGAACUUUGCUGAACAACAUUCACUCUCUUUUAUUGAGACUUCAGCCCUUGACUCAACAAAUGUGGAACUGGCAUUCCAAAACAUUCUGACAGAAAUAUACCGUAUUGUAUCACAGAAGCAGAUCAGGGACCCUCCUGAAGGUGAUACUAUUCGCCCUCAAAAUGUAGAACCGAUUGAUGUGAAACCUACUGUAAACGCAGACAGUGUGCGUAAACAGUGUUGUCAGUGACAGGAUGCUCUUUCAGUUAGUUGCGAUUUUGGACCAGGAGUGAUGUGGCGUGUAUUUGUGGUUUGAACUCGUAGGCUCCACUCCACUUUGAUGCUACUCAAACACUGCUUGUCAUCUUGUACGAAGUGACACAACACAUGCUGUUUGCUCUGUGUGCACACUCCUUCGCUCACCACACACUCAUGUGGCCUAAACAAGCCAUACAAUUCUUUGAGAGUGUAGGGCUGUUAAUUGUGCUGCUCCCCUCUGUGAUCAGGGUAUUUCAGUAUUGAUGCAAUACUAGGAAGUUAAAAGAUGGUGCUAGUUUUAUUAGCAUUUAAAAUUUAUAAAAAAGCAAUUUGAUAUUAGGUUAACAAUCUGUGUUAAUUUUUUUCCCAUUUUAGUACAUAUUUUAGAGGACUAUUGACAAUGUAAAUUUUGAAAUGAAAUGAAACAGAUAAGUUCCUAUAUGGGGGUGUGCAGAGAAGAGUGUGCACAAGUGGUUCUUGAUCUUAAUGAAUGUGUGGAGUGAGUAUGUAUUGAGUGGUUGUGUUUUACAAGUGUAUGUGUGGAUGUGUGUGUGCAGACAUAACAAAUUGGUAUGUCAAGUGCCUCACUUGUCAAGUCCUUUAGGGUUAAGGGUUCUCCACUUUCUGCCAUCAGUCCAUCAACCGUCCCAAAAGCCUCAUGUACUCCUGUCAGGUGGCAGCAUAUGUUGUAAUUAAUGAGUUUUAUAUUGUGUUUUGUACAUUGUUUAAUGUUAGCUGCGCUGUAUGGAGGAGACCAAAGGGGUGGUAAUUGUAAAGCCACUGUGUCAUCUUGUAGACUUAGGAAUAAAUUAAUUAAUCUGGACAAAUUUUAAUUGGUCAUUCUUUAAUAAGUAACAUAGGGUUAUCUUUAUUUUGGUUGGGCUGCAGCUGGGAGGAACAUAUUGAAGAGAUUGGUCUGGUCAUCAACAACAAAAUUGCCAUGGACUGCUAAUCAAAAAUAGUGGGAGGGACACUGAGAAUAAGUAGAGUCUGGGAAACAUUGUCAUUGUUAUUUUAGUUUCUUGAAAUAAUGUUCUUUGUGAGAAGUAUUUGUUGAAUAUCACAGAAGAUCUUACACUACUGUGUUGACUUUAGUCAUUUUUCUCCCAGUUGUGUGGCUCAGCUCAUUCAUUGUACAGUGUUUUACCCGAGACACUUUGUGUUUUAAUAUCACUUUUCUUCGCAGAUUUGUAUUUUGCCAUAAGAUGUACAUCUUGAUAAAAGUUGUGCUAACUUUAUAACUGGAAUAAAAUUUUAUAAUGUUGCUUAUUGUUACCCAAAUUUUGUUUUAUUCUUUUAUACUGUUGCUAUUCAGUUUUCUUUCUUAAAGUGGUUGUGGAUGUAACUUUUUGGCAUUUACUAUGGGAGCAGAUAUAGUCUAAGUACCCUUUUCUAAGUUUGAAAGCCAAUGUGUCUAAUCAAUGUGCGAUCUACAUGGUUCCUUCUAGAAAGUGGACACCAGGAGCCGUUUUGUGACUUAGUCUUCUACAUACCCUGUGAAGAAUGUGCCUUGUGGUGCUUUGUGUCAUUUUCGCUUAUCUAUACUCACUUCGAAUUUAUAUUUUGUGAUUAAGUACAAGAUUGGCAUUUUAAGGAAAAAACAUUUAGAUGCAUUGUGGAUGUGGUUAGAUUAUCGCAACUGCAUCUUGGGAAUACUCUCUAAAACAUGUGAGUGGGGUAAUUAAUAGAUGUGAGCUUGUUUAUUGCCAGCCUACAAAAAAAAGCAGGUGCCUGUGCUCAUGACAAGUGUUUUGGUAAGAGGUUUUGCACAGCUGAAGGUAUUUCUGUAAAGUUCCAAUACCAAUGAAAGUGAUGUUACUUCUGUAAGUAGAUAUAUAAAUGUCACCAUCUUGUGAUCCAGUUAUCCUGUAAUGGCUUCAUGGAGACCAUGUUUGGAGCAAGGGAGCAUCCCAGAAGAACAUGUGAUCUUUACCUUAGUUGUUGUUCCAUUUUUUUCUUUGAACUAGUAAUAAAAAUUAGCCAUUUUGUCGCUCAGUGUGUCUUAUGCUUCGACACAACUUGUGGAAGUGCAACAGAAGCUGUUUCUUAGUCUCUGGUCCCGAAUUGCGCUUUCCCAUUGACUUGUUGAUUAUAAUCAAUUUUGAAGCUGAAUGAUAUAACUUGAACAAAUUCAACAUCAUGUUAGGUAGAUUUGUAUUUUAACUCAUUUUAUUUUGAUUCAGAACGUUUUAAGGUCUAUCAUUAACCAUUUUAAUGGACUAUGGAAAUUUACGACCAUGAAUUAUCUCAUUGGGUAAAAAUGUAAAUUAUAAUUUGAAAAUUCUGUUUUCAUUCCUGAUGUUCAUAGCAUUCCUGUUGCACUGAACCCAAAGGCUGAUUUGUUAAGUUUGUAGUUAAAGGUGCCAUUUUUGACAUCUAUCUUAUUUCUGCUUCUUACAUCUGCACCUCCUGUUAAUUUGUAUUGAGUGGUCUAUCAAUCAAAUUAUUGUAAAAUGAUUAAGUGAAUAAAACUUUGUUCUCAAAACUAA